AUGGCUUUUCGCAGAGAUAUCAGCGCGGGUCAGCCGACGGGGGCUGAGCAGACAAACAACCAUGCGGAUAACCUCGAUGUCGACGUCCUGAUCGUCGGCGCUGGUUUCGGCGGGGUUUACCUACUACACAAGCUCCGCGACGAGUACGGUAUGAAGGUGAAGAUCCUCGAGGCGGGCAAAGAUCUUGGCGGCAUCUGGCACUGGAACGGCUACCCUGGCGCGCGUGUCGACUCGAUGGUCCCGGUGUACGAAUACAGCAUUGAUAAGCUCUGGAAGAACUGGAAUUGGACGGAGAAAUACCCAGACUACAGCGAGUUGCGCGAGUACUUCAAGUUCGUCGACGAACAGCUCGACAUCAAGAAGGAUGUCGCUUUUGAUUCAAAGGUCGUACACGCACAGUUUGAGAAGCCGUCGCAGAGGUGGGUUGUCAAGACGGAAGACGGCCGGACUGCACACUCAAAGUUCUUCAUCUGCGCCACGGGGUUUGCUGCGAAGCGCUAUUUCCCUGACUGGCCUGGCCUCGACAAGUUCAACGGCACCAUGCACCACUCGUCGUUCUGGCCCACUGAGGGCGUUGACGUGGCUGGAAAGAGGAUAGCAGUCAUCGGCACGGGCUCUACCGGCAUCCAGAUCGCACAGGAGACGGCGAAGACGGCCAAGUCCGUCACGGUGUUCCAGCGCACGCCUAAUCUCUGCCUACCGAUGCGCCAGAGGAAGUUGACCAAGGAGGAGCAGGAGGCGCAGAAGAAGGACUACCCCGAGAUCUACAAGAACCGCAUGACCACCUUCUCGGGCUUCCCAAUGGACUUCGUCGACCGCAACACCCUGGACGACACGCCCGAGCAACGAGAGGCUUUCUUCGAGGAGCUCUGGCAGAAGGGUGGCUUCUUCUUCUGGCUCGGCACGUACAAGGACAUGCUGUUCGACGAGAAGGCCAACGACGAGGCAUACAGCUUCUGGGUCAAGAAGACGCGUGCACGCAUCACGGACCCGGUCAAGCGCGACAUGCUCGCGCCACUCAAGAAGCCGCAUCCAUAUGGAACCAAGCGGCCGUCGCUCGAGCAAAACUUCUACGAGAUGAUUGACCGGCCCGAGAACGAGCUUGUCGACGUCAAGAAGACGCCCAUCGUCGAGGUCACCGAGAAGGGCAUCAAAACGGCGGACGGCACGGAGCGUGAGUUCGACGUCAUCGCGCUGGCCACCGGCUUCGACUCGGUCACGGGCGGCAUGAAGUCGAUGGGCCUCAAGGACGUCAACGGCGUGGACCUCGACGAAAAGUGGAAGAACGGCACGUACAGCCACCUGGGCAUGACGCUGUCGGGCUUCCCAAACAUGUUCUUCCUGUACGGCGCCCAGGGGCCGACGGCCUUCAGCAACGGGCCCAGCUGCGUCGAGAACCAGGCCGACUGGAUCAUCGACGCCAUGGCCAAGAUGAGGAGGGAGGGCAUCAGCUACAUCGACCCCACGACGGCCAGCGUGCGCGAGUGGCACGACAAGGUCGAGGAGCUCAGCAAGGCCACGCUCUUCCAUGGCGUCAACAGCUGGUAUAUGGGCGGGAAUGUCCCGGGGAAGGUCAAGGAGCAGCUGAGCUACGCUGGCGGCAUCCCGCUGUACUCGCGGGAGUGUCGCAAGGCGCUGGACAAUGGCUUCGAAGGCUUUGUGACGGCAUGA